AUGUAUGAUAUUCGAAUUGCACCGUCGUCAAGUCUCGAACAGGAAAAAUGCGUGCAAACUGAACAAGGAAAUAUUUCGCCACAACAGAAAACUGUUCUACACUCAAAUAGUCCAGAUUCAUCUUCAGUUUUAAAACAAAUUCUUAAUAUAUCUUCACCUUCUAAUACAUCUAAAGUACAAAGGACAAAAAUUACACUUCUUAAUCUGAACAUACAAAUACAUCCGAAUAAUCCAAAAAAUGGUACUACUAACAAUGUACAACAAAAGUCACAAAAUUUAACGCUAAGAUGUAUUUCAAAAGAUUUUGUUGAGAAAUUUAUUCAUGAUCUAUCUAAGUCAACAACAAUGCUAUCGAAAAGUGAUGUGCAAACAGUAUUCACAUCCACACCAAAACUUGUUUGUAAAACACUUGUUCCAACAAAUAAUAAUGAUUUAGAUUAUUUGGAUAUGACAACAAAACAACUGAAAAAAAUGCAAAUGAUAUUAUUAAACAGGUCAUCUGAAAAAGAAUCGACAAAUGCCAAUUCAUUAGUAACCAAAGAGCAAACAUCGUCUUUAGACUGGCGCAAGCGUCAAACGCAAGAAGAUAUAGAAGAACCAAUGGAACAAGAUACAAAAGUAUCGGUAAAUAUGCUUCGUCAAUAUUUUAUUUUGUCAUCGAAGUCGUAA